AGCUGGGAAGCUGCAGCGAAGCGAGUUCCCAGCACCGGGCAGAGCCCCGCACUGCCUCGCGGCCACGAUGGGGCUGAGGCACCCGGAGCCCCGGAGCCAACAAGCUGCUGGUCCCGCCUCGCCACCGGGACCCGGGCUCCCGGGCUCGGCUUGAAGCGGCGGCGGCGGCAGCUCCGGCACCGAAGGAGGAGCAUGGGCAGGAGGAUGCGGGGCGCCACCACCACCGCUGGUCUCUGGCUGCUGGUGCUGGGCUCGCUGCUGGCGCUGUGGGGCGGGCUCCUGCCGCCGCGGACGGAGCUGCUCAUCUCUCGGCCGACCGAAGACGGAAUCCUGCGGCGACCGCCAGGGAGUGGUGGCCGAGAGUCCGUGCCUCGCUUUCCUCAGCCCCCGCUCCUGGCGCGGGACGCCCGCAGCGGCUCCCUGAAAACUUUCCGGUCUCUGCUCACCUUGGCGGCCGGCGUAGACGGUCCGCCACGGCAGCCCCCGGACAAGCGCCGGCGGCACGUGCCAGCCGGGCUGCCCUGGCCGGAGGAGCGCGCCGUGGUGCACGGGGGCGUCUUCUGGAGCCGCGGCCUGGAAGAGCAGGUGCCCCGGGGCUUCUCGGAGGCCGAGGCAGCGGCGUGGCUGGAGACGGCGCGCGGCGCCCGGGUGGUUGCCCUGGAGCGCGGGGGCUGCGGACGCAGCUCCAACCGGCUGGCACUCUUCACCGACGGCACCCGUGCCUGCGUGCGCUAUGGCAUCAACCCGGAGCAGAUACAGGGCGAGACCCUGUCCUACUACCUGGCACGUCUGCUGGGGCUCCAACGCCACGUGCCGCCGCUGGCACUGGCCCGGGUGGAGGCUCGGGGCGCGCAGUGGGCGCAGGUGCAAGAGGAGCUUCGUGCGGCGCACUGGACGGAGGGCAGCGUGGUAAGCCUAACGAGCUGGCUGCCCAACCUCACAGAUGUGGUGGUGCCCGCGCCCUGGCGCUCCGAGGAUGGCCAUCUGCGGCCCCUACGUGCCGCCGGGGACGAGCUAGCUAACCGCAGCCAGGCGGAGCUGGUGGACCUGGUGCAAUGGACCGACUUGAUUCUCUUUGACUACCUGACGGCCAACUUCGACAGGCUCGUCAGCAACCUCUUCAGCCUGCAGUGGGACCCGCGCAUUAUGCAGCGCGCCACUAGCAACCUGCACCGCGGCCCCGGCGGGGCGCUGGUCUUUCUGGACAACGAAGCGGGUUUGGUGCACGGCUACCGAGUGGCGGGCAUGUGGGAUAAGUAUAAUGAGCCACUGCUGCAGUCGGUGUGCGUGUUCCGAGAGCGGACAGCGCGGCGCGUCCUGGAGCUGCACCGCGGCCAGGACGCGGCUGCCCGGCUGCUGCGCCUCUACCAGCACCAUGAGCCUCGCUUCCCGGAGCUGGCGGAGCUUGCCGACCCCCACGCUCAGCUACUGCAGCGCCGCCUCGACUUCCUCGCCAAGCACAUUUUGCACUGUAAGGCCAAGUACGGCCGCUGACCUGGGGCUUAGCAUUACUCUUACGAAGAGAGAGAGAGAGAGAAAGAGACCCCUGGCUGGGGAAUGGGGAAUGGGGGAAGGGCUGUCGCCUCUGCCACCGCCUAGGACCAGCCAGCCGGCCAACGCCCAGCCAGUGGCAUGAGCGGGAAGGCAGCUAAAACUUCAGUCUCACCUACCUGCCCCUUUCCCUCAGUUUCAUGCUGUUUCAUUUCAAAGUCCUAGGAGAACUCACCGCGGUGAGAAGUAUAACAUCCCUUCCACCCAGUCUAUAAAAAGCUGCUUUUCUGUGCCAGCAGGGAGUUUGGAUCGGAAGAAAACUGGCUGCUGGAGUUUGGCCCCCCGGUGGCCGUCUCUGUGGGAGAUGCAUCCCAUUCCUUGUCCUCCUCUCUCUUUCCCAAAAAGGAAAACUUCUGUCUGAGCCUUUGAGCUAAUUGUGCAGUUUCCUACCAAAAGCAGCUCUGGCGGCCCGGAGACGGCGGUGACAUUGGCUGGUGGAGCCCCCUUCCUGUCUUCUCCCUUUGUUCCAGCUGGUGAUGGUGAGAUCACUGUUCAGAGCUGGGGAACGGAUCCGGAUAGGACAAAGAGAGCAGGACCUCCCGAACCCGGGGAGCCCUGCAGACCCUGACGGCGUAUCUGACUCGUUCUUUACUGCUUGUCUUUUUGGCCUGAAGGCUGCAAAUGAGGGACUGGCUGUGUGCACUGAGUCCCAUAAUGAAUUUCCCCUCCCCCAGGUCGACCAAAAUUUUGACAAUGAUGAUGUUCACCAGAAGAAGAAAAAAAAAUCAGUCUCAUGCACUUUACUUUGUUUUUAUUUUAAUUUUGUAAUAAGAAAAACUUUUUUAUUUGACAAAAUUUGCCUAGUAUGUAUAUAUGUGCAU